AUGACAUUCAAUAUCGCUAUUGAUGGUCUGACCGCCUCUGGAAAAACUUCUAUUGGCUAUUCUUUGGCAAAACGAUUAAAUUUUAAUUUUAUCGAUUCUGGUUUAUUUUAUCGUUAUUUAGCUUACUACAAUAUAAAUUCUACGAAUUUUAAUCAACACACCUACGACAAUUUAAUUAACUGUUCUAAUUUAAGCGCAUUUUAUUCCCUCGAUAUUUCUCAAAAGGCAUCUGAACUAUCAAAAGAUAAAGAAAUACGAACGUUAAUCAAUCAAGAAAUUAAGAAAUUAACGAAAAAAAAAGGAUUUGUUGUAGUUGGAUGA